CUCACAGAAAAACCCACUUGCUGAGAGAGGCCACAUCAGACACCAAAAUAUAUCACAGGAAAAGCAGCAAGAUUCCACAAGGUUUGAGGAUUUCUGGUUCAUCCGCGGCUAACCAGGGAGGAGCACCUCUUCUACUGCUAUGAAAGGAAACCUCCAAAACCUGCCACUGUACCAUUAACUGUUGUCCUGUUCGAGAUCUGAAAAGCAUGAAGACUGUAGCUCUCUUCAUUUGUCUUCUAGUAUCAGCUUUUGCUAUUCCAAGCCACCCCUUAAACUACGAACUUGGAACCCACAGACAGAAAACUCCAGAAAAGAUUGAAGAUAUUAAUCCUGAAGCUCCAAAGGAAGAGAACACAGAGUAUGUAGACAAGGGUGAUCUGCUGCCCAGCCACAGAAACCUAAGACUACAGUUAUCAGUACCAGACACUGAGCACAGAGAUGAGCCCUGGACCACUAAAAAACAAGGCAGAAGUGGUAAUGAGCAUCAAAGGAAAAAUAGCCUAAAAAGCAUCAAUCUCCUUUCACUGCACAAUAAGCCAGGUUUGGCUUUUGAUAACCAGGACAGCGAGUCAGAAAGCAAUGGCAGAGAACAGUCUGGCUCUGAGCAUCACCAGACAAGGAGGCAGGAGAAACAAAGCAACAUGGCCAAAGAAAAUGUUCUGGGUGAUGCAGCAAAUCCCAUGGACACUCUCAGUCUUGAUCGUCAGCCUAACAGGUGGAAAUAUAAUAAAAAUACAGUUGGUCUAUCUGAAGACAACCAAGAAAGCGAUGAAGAAGAAGGUGUGGAGGAAGAGGAUGAGGAAGCUGGUUAUAGAGAUAUGAGUCACAAAGGCCACAGGACAAAUCAAGGUAAAGAAUACAAAAGACAGCAAAAUGAAAACAGUAUGCAAUCUGAUGAAAUCCUGAGGGAUUCCAGUCAACCAAUCCGGAUAACCAAGAGACAUGAUGAGAAAUUUGACCUAGAAGAAGGCAAGGAGGACAGCCAGAUGAAACCCUAUAAAGAAAAAGAAAACAUCCUCUCUCAGAAAAAACACAACAAAGAGCAGGAUGACAAAUGGCAAAGCCAAGAGAGGGAAGAUGAUAUUCAAGUAAGUUAUCAGAGUGAUCAUGACACACUGGUGAAAAGACAAGAUGCAGAGGACAGUAGUGUUGAUGAUGAUAGUCAUGACAGUGGUGAUGUUGACGGUGAGGAAGAUAUCAGCAAUAUCUGGAAAGAAGCAGCCUAUGAGGAAGAGGAGAGAAUCCAGAGUAAUGACCAAGAGACCGCCAGCAUCGAGCAUGAAGGGGAGAGAACCAUGGAAGACGAAGCUGCAGGUCAUAGAGAGGCUCAGAAUUACCAAAAUGUCAAGAUUAAAGACCUCAUUCAUUCUGAACAAGACGAUUAUGAUCAUGAGACACCAAAUUCUGACAGCAAGCAACAACUGGAAACAAGUAGCUCUGUUCAGGGCAUGAAUUCAAUGGAACAUGAAAACAAGGUUAAGACUGCAGGCAGUUCCUAUGGUAAGAUGGAAAGUGAAAGCAAUAGGAGUGAGAGGGCUCUGCUGGACCCAUGUAGGAACUUCCACUGCAAAAUAGGUAAAGUCUGCCACGUGGACAAACAAGGGAAACCCAGCUGUAUUUGCCAAGACCCUGCUGCUUGCCCUUCCACCAAAGACUAUGAGCAUGUUUGUGGUACAGAUAAUAAGACCUAUGACGGCACAUGUCAGCUCUUUGCCACCAAAUGUCAACUUGAAGGGACAAAAAUGGGACGUCAGCUGCACCUAGACUAUAUGGGCUCCUGCAAAUACAUCCCCCACUGCACUGAUUAUGAAAUGGAUCAGUUCCCCCUCCGGAUGAGAGACUGGCUCAAAAACAUCCUGAUGCAAUAUUAUGAACGUGAUCUGGACAACUCUGGAUUUUUAACUGAAAAGCAAAGGAGCAAGGUCAAAAAAAUCUACCAGAAUGACAAGCGCCUUGUAGCUGGUAACCACACAGUUGAGCUGCUCCUACAUGACUUUGAGAAGAAUUAUCACAUGUAUAUAUAUCCUGUGCACUGGCAGUUUCACCGGCUUGAUCAGCACCCUGUUGACAGAUUAUUAACACACUCUGAGCUCGCACCUUUGAGAGCCUCCCUUGUUCCCAUGGAACACUGCAUAACCCGUUUCUUCCAAGAGUGCGAUGGAGACAAAGACAAACUCAUUGCUUUGGAGGAAUGGUGCCACUGCUUUGGGAUUAAAGAAGAAGACAUAAAUGAAAAUCUCCUGUUCUGAGCCUGGCCGAACAGAAUCCCAGUGCUGCACUAAAACUAGUGAAAUAUGUGAAACCCAUUUAUUUCUUUAAUUAACAGCUUCAUAGUUUAAGACAAAAGUGGUAUAAGGUUCACUUCGUUCUUAUCAACUAACACAAGUGCAGAAAAGUCCUACAUUCAUUAACAGCAGGAAAAUUUGACUACUCCAAGUGGUUCGUAGCUAAACAACCAGCAUUUUCCCCUGCAUGUAUCCAUAAUCUCUCUGAACCUAUAAAUAGUACUAACCUGACGACUGAGCUGUUCACAGAGCUCUUCUUCAGCAGAAUUACAGGAUGUGGAUUUUGCCACACACUGAAGAAACUGGACUUGUUUCCUUUAUUUAUUGUAUUUUGUCAGUUUAACAUUCUGCAUAGAAACCUUAAAUAAAACUCUACACAGAAA